UUGUCAAACAUAACAUAACCUAUUGUAACACACUUCUGACAUUACUCAUUUAUAACAAUUUAGAUUUAUUUAAAGUAUUAAAAUCAUAAGCAUUUGGUAAAAAAAUAAUAUUUGUUUUAAACUAAUGUUUUAUAAAAAAUGUCAAGCACAAUUAACAGUGUAAUAACUAAUAGAGAUCGAGAUUGUUUGGCUUGCAGAAUUAUUAGUGGUGGUGGUCUAAUUGGAUCAGGCAUUUACGUUUAUUAUCAUUCAAAGAAAUUACAAAAACCUAAAGGAAAAACAGUAAUGUAUACUAUCGCAAGUGGACUGGUUUUAUUGGGGACUGCUAGAAUAAUGGAUCUACCACCGUUUCGAAAUCAAUUUAAUCAUAGAUAAUGGAUAAAUAUUUAAAUAUAUAAGAUAAAAUAUUAAAACUAUGAACAGAUUAUAAUAUUGUUCAUGUAACAUACACAAAAUGCUACUUAUUUUCCUACUUUAGUAUAUUAACGUAUUUACUUUACAUAAAAUUAUAAUACAUUCUAGAACAAAGACCUAUUAAGAUUUAACAAUGAAAAUGAAUAAAAAAUAUUGAAAUAUUUCCUUCAACUUGUUUAAAUUUUAUUGUUGUCAACAUAGGGAGAUACAUCAAUGUGCAAUAAUCUUAUAUAGUGCUUUAUUUAGUUGAGAAGAAAAUUAAAUAAACACAUUUAUGAAAACAUCAAUUUUAAUGUCAUGGGAGAAUAUACCAUUUGAUUCAGUAGAAGGAUUUUUUUUCAAGUUUUCUUAUUUUUUUCUUUCAUUUUUUUUUUUUUUACUUUUUCAUUUUUUGAAUAAUUUGUCUUCGAUAACAUUAUUUGUAUAAAACUUUUCUAAUCAAACGGGACAAUUACAAUGAUUUUUAUCAUGACUUCUUCUCUGGAGUUCUUUCACACAACAUACGAUUGAAAAAAGAACUUUGCUUAUGAUCAGGGUUGUGUCUGAUCAUUUCAAAGAAUUGGAAUGAAUACUGACAAGUUUACUAAAUUAUACCCCUAUAUACCAUGCAAUCCUACAAUUGAGACGUGUUAUAACAAUUUUCAAAGGAACUAAAUAAAAAAAA